CGGAGGAGGAGGGGGAGCUGUGGGGUUUUACGCACCGGAACGAUGCAUCCCAACCGUGGCUUCAUCCUGCUCCUCCUCAACGGAACCGCGUGUUUGGUUGCCCUGGGUCAAGAAGAUGCGUCGUCCUCCGGCCCCAAGAGCUCCACAGACGACUCCUCCAAGACGCUGGGCGUCCUGAGCGAUCAGGCUCCCCUCUCGCCCCUGAGCCGCUGGAUGCUUCACAGCAAGAGCAGGGCUGCUAACGACACCGCUCUGGAGCUGCCCUACCGCUCCCCGGUCCCGUUCUCCAAGCAGGAGUUUUCCAAGCAGGAGUUCUGGGAGAUGUUGGGCAGCGACCUGCUCAAGCCCGACGCCUCGAGCUCCAGGGUCAAGCGGCGGCCCAUCGUUAAGACCGGCAAGUUCAAGAAGAUGUUUGGCUGGGGAGACUUCUACUCCAACAUCAAGACGGUGAGGCUGAACCUGCUGAUCACCGGCAAGAUCGUGGAUCACGGCAACGGCACGUUCAGCGUCUACUUCCGCCACAACUCCACGGGCCAGGGCAACAUCUCGGUCAGCCUGGUGCCGCCGGUCAAGGCGGUGGAGUUUGACCUAGAGCGCCAAAGCGUGGUCUACCCCAAGGACUCCAAGAUCUUCAACUGCCGCGUGGACUACGAGAAGGUGGACCGCAGCAAGCGCACUUCGCUGUGCAACUACGACCCGUCCAAGACCUGCUUCCAGGAGCAGAUCCAGAGCCACGUGUCCUGGAUUUGCUCCAAGCCUUUCAAGGUCAUCUGCAUCUACAUCUCCUUCUACAGCACGGACUACCGCUUGGUGCAGAAGGUUUGCCCGGACUACAACUACCACAACGAGAUGCCCUAUCUGCCCUCGGGCUAGGGGACUCGUGUGAGGGGAGGAGAGGUGGGAUGGGGACAGGACAAAAGGAGGGGACACCAGGAGGAAACCAGGCCGUGAAAAGUACCACAUCUUAAACUAAAUUUAAAUAACCCUUCUCUGUAGCCUGUCUGUUGCAAGAUGUAAAAACAUAGAUGCAAAAACAAAAACCUACAGUAAGCAGGUAGUGAAGCACCGGGAAUGUUUAACCACGGCAUUCGUUAACCUGGACGGGAAAAUCAAACUCCACCAACACGCACAUUCUUACCUCCGUCCCCGUUUUCCAAUAAAAACCCGCGUCCCGCCUCUCGCCGGCUGCUUCUCGCCUCCAUCAGGCCAUUCGUCAGUGUUGUCUGAACGUCCGUCUAAUCACCCGUUCGCAGCGUUUCUCUUCUCCGAUUCACCGGAGAGUUGCGUUAAAAACCCGCGACUUUGUUGCGAACAUCACGCAGCGUUAAAACCUCAUUUUGCCGUGAAAAAAGGAAAAACAAUCGCGAUUUCAUUCGAGUCCAGAGGGAACUCAAAUCACAACUUACCCCCCAACAACUGAUGAAUGUCAAGUUUUACACUCGCCGCCUUUUUUUAAAGGGCAUCUUCUUUUCAUGUGAGCUCGAGUCAAUCCCGUAACAACACUAAUACGUUUCCUCGUCUUGCUCUGUCUCUUGCGUACCGCUCGCAUCCAUGUGUUUCCGCCAUCGGGACAAUGUCACGUGUUUAGCGGCGGAAUGUGAUUACUACACGCGGCCUGUUGCGUCUCUUCCAUUUCAAUGAUAGACGGGGGAGAAAAAAGAAGAAACAGGAAGAGAUAAAGGAAGAGGAAAAAAAAGGCCCCCAAAUUUGCAAGCAAAAGCAAUUGCUCCGCAAAGAUUCAGGCCCAGGGCUUAAGACGAGCUCAGUGCGAGGGAAAUAACUAGAUUCUGCAUAGAGACGGGAUUGGAGGAUUGGCCCCUCCGCACAUAAGAGAGAGAGGGAGUCGGGGGAGAGAGAGAGGGAGCGAUUCACUGAGCUCUUUUAAUUAAAGUGGAGAAGGAGAUGUAGAGUGUGCGGCUCCGUCUAUUGUCCCCUCUGUAUGAAAAAAGAUUACAUUUUGUUGCCGUCAGGAUUCCUGAUUUCACGCCUUGAUAACUUUGACUGCGUGUGUGGGGGGGGGGGGGGGCGCGCGAUUGCUCUCCUCCGACAAAUACUGUGUUCACCAAAGUCGGCGCCGGUUAUCUUGGAUAAAUGAAAAUAUUAACAUAAUAAUUACGUAUGAUUUAAUCUCCUUUAAGAACUAAUUAAGGUUUCAACGAGAGGGCGAAAAAAAAAACAAAAAAAACCCUGCAUUCCUAAAAAAUCCAGUCAGCGAGUAAAGGAGGAGGAUGAGAGAACGAUUCACGGGGAGCGGAGCCGGCAGUCAAAAGCUCGGCUCGGAGUUAACCGCUCUCAUUAAGAUGAAUGGCCGCGGGCUUGGCCCAUCUCGCGUCGCCCUCACAAACAAUAUCGGAGGAGAGCGGGGCCGCACAGCGGAGCCAUGAAUUAGGUUACUUGACAUUUGUGCGCUUAAAGGUUACUGCUAUCGCAGCUUGUGAGGACACGGUGAUUUGCCGCUUCAUUAGCGACGGAGCGGUGACAAAAGACUGGUGUGAAGAAGUCAUUAAACCGGUGGUAUCAGAUAGCGGCUCUUUGAUGCUCGCGCGUGCUGCGAUAUCAGGGAUGUAGCCAGGAUCGGUGCCUGCGCACGGCUUGGCUGGAAGCUGUGCAGGGAUGUCCCGGGUGGACUCAGUUGAUGGUCACCAUGAGGAAGCCCCCUUGUGGGGGGGUGGGAGGGGCAUGAGGCCCGACACAGAGGCAUCACAACUUAGUGUGAGAGCAGGAGUACAUGAGGCAAAACAAAGUCACAAGACUAAAGAUGGGAUUAAAGGUUUUUGAAUUUACUCAACCAAGCCAAACCAAAUCAACGCGUCCCACAGCAAACAAGUUCUGCAGGAGACGGCAUGUGACUGUUGUGUAUUCUAAUCACAGCAGACAUUUUCGUACAUGUACCAGCUCGUUGACAACACGUCGCGUGUCUAUCUGGCUUUUUACCACUUCCUUCACAAUCAAGGAUCCUCCUCACAGGGAGGAUUUUCCUUAAGAGUCUCCCAUCGAUCACAGAGGCCUCGGCGAGAGAGAGAGAGAGAGAGAGAGAGAGAGAGAGAGUGCCGAUACACAUUCUGAUUCCUGCCACACGUACAGUCCCAGUGGAACUUAGACCACAGACGUAGAUUUGGCAGAAGCCAAACGUCCCGACACUCGUCUGAAGGUCCUUCUCCUCUGCCGCUGGACGAAACACAAAAGCCUCAUGAAAGUAAAAUGCACCGAGCGGCGUGACCGAGCCGCUGCCUGUUGCUUCUGUCCACCCGUUCCCUCGCCCCCUCUGCCCCCUUUCUGCUCCAGACGUCUGCAUGUCACUCGGCCUCAUGCCCCCGCCGUCCCCACGCUCUUGUCCUCGUCCUGUGUGUGUGUGUGUGUGCGAGACCCAGCUGGCUGGCCUCAGCCCCCCGUGCCCUCUCCGCCUCCCCUACCCUGGCGCUGAACCCUGCAGUGGGUAGUUCCUCAUUGCCGCCCUCCUGCACACAGCGUCGAGCUAAGCUGGCUAAUCUCCGUGAGCUUAGUGCCGAAGCCGACCGAACAUCGGCAGUGAGAACAUCCCCCCUCCCUCCCUCCCUCCCUCCCUCCCUCGUCCAUCUAGCUAUUUCUCUCUAUAUCUAUAUCCCAUCAAACAAAUGCGUGAGCAGACACAGUCUUAAGAUGUGCUGGUUGAGCUUUCUCUUUUCUCUCUCCUGUUCAAAGCAUCUUACAUAAAUCUUUGGAUUGUAAGGACAUGAAAUCUCCUCAAGAGCAUGCUAACAGAGUGGCCCGACGCAGGUACGCCCCAGUAACCUCAAUACCCCCCUCCCCCCACCCCUCCUCUUGCAGAGAGAAGUUGGAUACUCACACAUGUUGGAAUAAAAACUGGGCAACACAAGAGAAAACAAGGAGACAUUUUUGGGCCACCUGUGGAGGAGAAGAAACCCCUUUACUCUGCUCCUCACCAAUCCCCUACCCCGCCCCACCCAGAUUUACAGCAAUACCCCCCCGAGACUCCGCCCUCUCCGCCUGUCCGGCUGCUGGACUACACGUUUCAGAGACGGUCGUGUUGCUGCGGGACGGACGGUUGUUGGACCUGCAGCAGCCGUACUGUCGGUGACCCAUCGAGUGCCAACGGACGGAUAUUUUUGGCCUUAAGAGACUUGCAACACAACACGGGUCCGCCCAGCGAACGAAUAGUAACAAAACUCUACUGUCGAAUACAAAAAUAUACAUAUAUAUAAAUAAAUAUAUAUAUAUAUACACAUAUAUAUAUAUAUAUAUAAAGGCUAAAAGUCCUCAGAUCUGAAUAAAGUUGUAUUUAAAUGUGGGUCAUGCAGUGGAGGUCGUCUGUUUUAUCUUUCUGUUCCUCAUGGUUUUGUUUUUCUCUCUGUAUCAUGUGGAUGAUGAUUAUACUGUAUGGAUGAUGAUGAUGAUGAUGAUGAUGAUGAUGAUAUGAUGAUGAUGGCAAUUAUUGUGGUUUUCAAACACAAAUUUAAAAAAAAUUCAAUAAAGUACCCAGAAGUACUUCGAGCCACUUUGAGUGUAAGAGAAA